ACUGAGAAGAGAGGCAGUAACACGACCUAUGCAGUGCAAAGCAUACUAGGCCUGAAGAACGACAUGAUUGAAAUACAACUUCCACGAAAUUUGCGUCAUUGUGGUGCACCUGGAAAAAGGAUAAUUAUACUUACGGCGGUUGGAUUACACCGAAUCGAGCAUCUAUGGCGAGAUGCCUGGCUCAGCAUAACUCAGCUGUACUAUGAAGUUCUUCAUAUCCUUGAAGAGGAUGGCUUGUUGGAUUUGUCAAUUUCUCUCCACAAGUUUCGUGCAUAUUAUGUGUUUCUUUCAUGACUAGAACAUUAUCUUCACAUCUUUACUGAAGGCUGGGACAAUCUUCCCUUACGAUCUGAAGGUGGCCUUACCCCUAACUAGCUGUGGAUACUGGGACACAUCCAGAAUUCAGACACUGAAGAGGAUUUUCAGGAUAUAUUCACCUGAAAAUGAUUUGAUGGAGAAAACUAAUUGACUAAGAUGACACUCACAGAUCCACCAAACAUACUGGAAUCUGCUGUGUAUCAAACUGCUAAACUGAAUUCCAUCUCUAUUCACAUCAAGCUCUACUCUUCCUGUAAACAAUGUGAUUCCACACGUAUCAGUGCACUGGAGGAUCCCUGGAACAACCCAAAAAAGCACAGUUGUAUGUUUGAUACUGCAUCUCUACACAAGCCCAAAUAUACCACAAUUGAAAUGGAGUACCCAUGUACAAGGGUGGACAGAUUUGUAGCCAACCCAGAUGCUGCCUGGAAUGUGCUAGCACAACAUAAAAUGCACAAAUUGCACCGUUUUUCAUCCCCAGAUCUUUAUAACAUGCAAGUAACCCCUCAAAUUGUGACUGCUGAAAUAGCUGGUGAGGUUGCACUUAGGAGAAGAACAAGAUCAAGAAGUGCUUCACGAGUCCAGACCAACUUCAUUCCUUUAAUAACUGAUGGUUCCCCUCCUGUGGUAAGAAGGAAUCAUGAUUUUCAAAGGUCUCCAAAACACUCUCAGUGGAAGCCAGAGAUGUCUACCAGAGAGUCCUUCUAUGGACCAAGUUGUACUGUUAUUAAUGAGGUACAUCCCAUUAAACUGCAGCCACAGAGGACUGAUAGCAUUAGGCACUCUCCUACUUAUAUGCCUGAAAGUUUGGAUGAGGGAAGGACUUUUAAACUUGCCAGUAGUCCUCAUGUAAGAUGUCGAGUUGACAUUAAGCCUGAUGAGUUAGCUUUAUGCCAACAUGGUCAAAAGUCAUCCAUUUCAAGGGUGGACAUACCAUCACAGAGGUAUAGCAGUAGUGGCAGUCAGAGUCUUACAGUACCUCCCCAUGUCUCCACCUCCAGAACACCAACUCCCACUGAAUAUUUCAAAGGUGAAUACACACCUACCUAUCAGUAUUCCCAAAGUAUGCCAACCAGUUACAUGCUGCCAUUAAAAACCCCACCACAAAGAAUACCUUCUCAAUUGGAGAUGAAACAAUAUGGAAGGGAGAGAAGAGCUAAGUCAAACCCCAGUGUGCCAGUUAAAUUCUCCAAUGUAGACAAUUUGGGAAAGUAUGAAUCUUCACCCCCAAAAAGAACUUACUAUCUAGAUGAAUAUUUUACCAUUCCUAGCCAAAGCUACUCUCCUAAAGUACAUUAUUUCCAAGAUAAAAAAACUCAUGUGGUUCAUACUAUACCUGACAGGCCGUAUUUCACAGAAGGAGAAAUUUAUCAUACUGAGCCAGAGCAGUACAUAAUACAGACACCCCCUACACGAACCUUAAUUGGGGAUGACCCUAGGACACAUCAGGUUCAAACAGUUCCCCCUAAGAUUUUCUAUGUAGGUGAUCCCUAUGUACCUCCACUGGAAACUUACAUUCCAGCCCAAGUAUACUACACAGAGGACAGGCGUCAUGCACACAUGGUUCAGCCAAAAUCACAUGAUUUGUAUGGCUCAGAUGUGUCUGGCUAUUCCACACCCUAUCCUUCAUACACAUCUCAAGUUAAACUAGCAAAAGUUAGACAAGAGUCCAUGCUUACCCCUUGGUAUAGUAACCUGUGUAUGGAGCCAACAAGAGCAGUAACUGACCCAAGGUCUCACUCAAGGUCUUGGGACAAUAUCCUCAAUACUCAUGUAGCACAGGAACAACCUGUGUCUCAUGGGAAAAGUGAUGAGAAUCUCCUAUGUCAAAGGAAACAAACUUUGUCAAUAAAUAACAGACCAAAACCUGUGGUUGUUAAUCUUUCAAGUUCACCUAGACGUUAUGCAGCUUUAUCCUUGUCUGAUAAUUCCUUGAUUGACAAAAGCCCAGUUGACACUAAGGGAAGCUCAAGCAAACAUUGGUAUGUCACUCCUGAAAUCACUAUUACAGACAAUGAUAUCAAACCUUGCAAGGGCUAUAAGGCAGAGGCACGCUCAUCCAGUUGGGAUGUGCUUGAUUCUAAAAGAGCUCCAGGUGAUGAGCUCCAUGCCUCUUACCAUGAGACAAUUCCCUUUCCAACUAAAGAUAAAACAAAUCACAGCACUUCACUCCAACAAAGCUUAGAACAACUUGACAAGCUUUUAGCUGACCUGGUCAUUGAUUAUAAACCACCCACUAGUAUACAGGCCAGUGAAGACUUGAUGGAUCAACUCAAGAAGCUUAUUGAUGAAGAGGCAUUAUCAUCAGGAAGAAAGAAUUCAAAGGCAGUAUAUGAGAGUAGCAUGUCCCUUGACAAACCAUCAACAUCCAUAACAAUAGAUCCUCAGAACAAAAGAGACACUGAGGGGAGAUGUGAUGGUCUGCAAAAUAGUAAGGAGUGCUCCCCUGACCAGAGUCCAGAUGAGGAUGAGACAAUGAUGUGUUCUAACAAUAAAUGCCGUCGGACAGAGACAAUGUUUAAUGCUUGCCUCUACUUUAAAUCCUGCCACAGCUGUUACACAUAUUACUGCUCUCGCAACUGUCGCAGGGAAGACUGGGCUAUUCACAAGGAGAGCUGUCUGUAUGGAAGAAUUGGCAGUAUAUGUCGCCACAUUAUUAAAUAUUGUAGAGAAACUGCAGAGGUCCACAAAGCUUUCUCACGUAUAGCCAAAGUGGGAUACCUAUCCAGAGGAAGAGGUGUGCUGUUUUUGAGCUUUUCAAACCCUGGAUCAUCAACAAACUUCCUUCAGUAUGGACUAGAAAGCCUCCUAAUGUCUCCAACAUAUCUGUCCAUACGUGAACUAGAUAGUUACAUGGAUAACCUUGGAGAUUAUUGUAAGGAGCUCCAGGAAGCAGGUAAGGAAUAUGACCCCAAUGAAUGUUUUCUGUUGAAUGUAUCCAUUGCUGUUGGUGAUCAAGUGCCUGAGAGAUCACCACCAAGGGUAAAAGCCCCAACAGUUAGGAAGUAUGCCAAGGUUGCUUUAGCCUCUUACAGCCCAGAAAGGAAUGUCCAUGAGAAAGAACAUGAAAUGGAGACUUUGAUUCUCACUCCACCACCAGGAACAGCUGACAUCGACAAGGAAGGUGAAGAAGGGAGAAAAGCUAGAGAGAUUUGUUUCAUCAACAUUCAGCGGGAGCUAAGAAUUCGUGGGGUGUUCCUCCGCCAUGAGUAUCCCCACGUGUAUCAGAAACUCUGUGAGUUUGUGGAGAGCAACAGAAGGUUUACUCCUACCAGUAUUUAUCCUAUUGACAAGAGAACUGGCAAGCAGUUCAUGUGCAUGAUAAUGGCAGCCUCUGAGCCACGGACUUUGGAUUGGGUUGCCACCCCACAUCUUCUAGAUGAUAUUAUUUAA